UUUUGCACCAAGAACGAUUUUUCGACAGUUUAUCAAUGUUGCAAGAGGACAACGGUAACGGUAGAGAAGUUCAAGGAUAAGAACGUGAUGCUGCUUAUUUCGGACUUGAACUUGUCGGUCGAAGAUCUAGGAACCCUACCAGCAUCUACAGUGAGUGCAACUUCCAAUGUAGUAAGUACAAAAUUAUGUGGGUUCCUAUUGUGGAGGAACAUAACGAGGUGAUGCAGAAGAAGUUCCUGGACAGGAGAUCUGAGAUGCGAUGGUACACAAGCAACUCCAUGGUCAGCAAGCCAGCAGCAAAGUUCAUCCGCAAGAAGUGGCAAUUUAGGCAGCAGACUAAGGUUGUAGUACUGAACAAACAGGGAAGGUGGUAAACAUGGACGCGAUGGCGAUGAUACGCCUUUGGGGAAAAGAAGCCUUCCCAUUCACGAUGUCCAAGGGGAAGGAACUCUGGAACAGGCAAGGAAUCAACUGGUUAAAACUUGUGGUGAACAACAUGGUCUUCCCCGAUGUUGAACAAAGUUUUGAAAGGGAGGAGCUCAUAUUCUUGUACGGCUCGGCUGAUGACCUCCAGACUGUCCAAAAAAUUGAAAAAUACCUGAGCGAGAUCAACGGCUAUAUUGGCUCUUACAAGGUCAUCAACAUCAGCACCAAGAGGGAGCAAUUCCUUACCCGGCUCGAGAGCUGCCUGUCCUUGAAGAUGCAGGCCAGUUCGGAUGUCUAUGAUUCCCUUGCGCAGGAGCUGCUCGAGCUCUACACCAGCUACAAGCAGUUCGGUGGGUUCGCUGUCAUCGCGAGAGGGUCAAGGGUUGUCGUCAACACUCGUCUCAGGGAUUUCGAGACAGUGCUGUCGCAGCACCAGAUGUGGGUGAUUCCUGCACAGCCUUUUUUGAGGCCAUCUUCAAAAAAGUACUACGAUGAGGUCGUCAGAAAGCCGCGCUGCCACCAUUUCUAUAUCCCCGGUGUACUCGGCAGCAUACCAGAGUGCAUCAAGUGUGCCAAGUGCUCUCGGUACAUGAAGACCGCCGUCAGCUUCGAGUGCUGCCAUAGUGACGAGCCGAUGAUGCCAUUUUGCCCAACCUCUUCGCUUGGCACUCAUGGAUUUCGAGACAGCGGAGUCGUAGCAACAGAGUCGUCAACAUGCCGGAAUGCUGUCGCAGCAACACCAGAGCUGGCAACAUACUGGAGUGCCAUCACUGCAUCAGAGUCGGCAACAUACCGGAGUUCUGUCGCAGCACCACCAGAGCCGGCAGCAUACUGGGGUGCAUCAGGUGUAUGA